UAAAUUUACUCUAAUAGUUACUUCACAACACUUGUGCCGGGUAAAGUAUCUAAAAAAAUUAUGUUAGUUAGUCAAUAGUUGCUUGAUUAGAACAGGUCAUAAAAUUCGUUUAUUUAAUAAUGAAAAAUGUUAUAAUAUUUUAUUUAUUAAUUACUCUUAUUUCUGAAAGCCACUUAAUAGUAGUCUCAGAAGAUGACUUGAGUAGUGGAGAAAAUAACAUUAUUGACAUUGAAAUAGCACCUUAUGCGUUAUCGCUAAGGCUGAAUGAUGAUCAUAUUUGUGGAGCCGCAAUUAUAAAUUCUGAAUGGGGUAUCACAGCUGCGCAUUGUGUUACAACAUUUAUCGCAUCAGCAAGUAACUACAGCGUACGCAGUGGAUCAAAAUACCGUAAAUCUGGCGGGUCAAUUCAUCAACUAACAGAAAUAAUUCCUCAUGAAAAUUUCAGUCAGGUAGAUUCUGAUUAUGAUGUAGCUGUAUUUAAAAUUGAACCAAUGUUUCAAUUCAAUGCUUUAUCAAGGCCGGUAAUGUUACCUUCAGAUGAAACUGACAAUAGUUGGGGAGCUGCUGUUGGCUGGGGAGCAUUUAAUAUUCGAGAUGAAAAUAUCUUGUCAAACAUUCUUAGAAUUGUCGCUUUGCCGAAAGUUGAUUGGAAUGAAUGUGUAAGUGACUACAUUAGUGUUUUCGUUGUAACACCACGACAGAUGUGUUAUGGUUUUAAAAAUGGAGGCCGAGAUACAUGCAAAGGAGACUCCGGUGGUCCAUUAGUUAAUAAAGACAAUAUUUUAAUUGGAAUCACAUCUUGGGGAGACGAGUGCGCAAGGCCAAAUUCACCAGGAAUUUAUACUGAUGUUCAUCUUAUCAAAGAUUGGAUUAAUUUACACAUAGAAACGUGAAACAGAACUUUAAUGAGAAAAGUUUAUUAUUUUUUUAAU